UCCAUAAAAACACACUUUUUGGCCAAACCAGUAAAACCGUACUUUUCGGCCAAAACGGUAAAAACAUACUUUCCCGUCAAAACUGUAAAAAAAAACAUUUUUUCGCCAAAAACACAAAAUCGCAAAAAUUCAUUUUUUCGCCGAAAUCGCAAAAAUGCAUUUUCCCGCCAAAAAACGAAAAUAUGCAUUUUCUCUCCAAUACCGUAAAAACGCAUUUUCCCGCGAAAACAGAAAAAUACAGUUUUCAGCCAAAAUCGCAAAAAUGAACUUUUUCGUCAAAAUCGCAAAAAGAUUUUCUGCCAAAACCAUAAAAAUGCUAUUUUUCCGCCGAAACAUAAAAAAAAAAUAUUUUUGUCAUUUUUCUAUGAAGUCCAUCUGAAUGCAUACGCAAGUUAUAAAAAAUGAAAAACAUGUUGCAUUCAGAUGAUUUAUUUAGAUACAUAGAUGAACAACACCCAGAUGGAGCAUCUGGAUAAGACAAGGUCAUUGGUGGUGCUUCCGCAUUCUUCGAAAGGACCUUUUAUCAAGUCAUUUCGUAUCUUUGAAAUUUUUUUCUCUCCUAUUAGGGACCUCUUUCCGUUGAUAUAUAGCAGGGGACAGAACUACAUCACGACUACUUAAGCUAUUUCAGACGCAUAAAGAAAAGAAAAAGCAAACGGAAGCAUAUAUAACUUGUAAAACUAAGCUAUAGAGGCUGAUCAGUUGACCCAAAAAAAAAGGCUGAUCAGUUUUACGAUCUAUUAAUUAAAAUCUCAAAUACAUCAAUUAAUGAAUCGAGUUGGUUUGAAGACAAUAAAACAACUAGAGAGCCUAUAGAUCCAAGUCAAACCCAAGUUAUGCAGAUGCGAGAUCCUGGGCCAAAGACUAAUUAAGCCAUGGGGAGCAUAAACGGUAACUUGUUAGUAGUCAAACAAAACGAAUCAAAACAUGGCUUACCCACCCGAAUAUAAUGAAUCAACUGAUAAGCUCGGGAAUCUCCAAGUAGGAAAAGAAGAUUAAAACACAGAAGAAAUGAAAGUUAUGUAAGAAGAAGAAAAGUCUUUUACGUAAAAUAUAGUCGCGGGAUGAUAUAUUGACUGAGGAAAAAUGAAAAAUGGCUUCUACAAGAGAACAUGUGGCGUAUGAUGAACUAAUAGUCAAAGUAUCUAUUUACAUUUUACCCAAAAAGUAAAGAGAGUCAAAGUAACUUCAAAGUCAAACCACGAAAUUAACCAGAAAUUAAGUGAAAAAAAUUAUUGUUUUUAAUUUUUUUUCUAAAAUACGAGAAACUAAUUUUCUUUACAUCUGAAAAGUAAUUUUAAUAAUAUUCAAUUCAACUUACUUGUGCAAUCACAAUGGUAAACAAUUUAAUGUAAGUAUUCAAUUCAACUUAUUACUACAAUGGUAAGUUUUUUUCUUUUUAAACACGUACUACAAUGGUAAGUAAUUUUUACUUUCUAAGUAUUCAAGGAUUAUUAUUCCUACUACUAAGAAUGGCAGAUUAUUUAACUUUUUAAGCAUUCAAUGAAUAUCCGGAUUUGUAAAGAUGCAAAUCCCAUCAGUCGUAGACAUACCAUUAAUAAAAAGCAAUACAUUAUAUUUUUUAGAAAUAACUAAUAAUUAUAUAUUUACUAACCAGAAAUUUAUGUUUAAUUAUAUUACAGGCUGUUCUAAAUUGUGUCCUUUUGUUGGUUUAUCUCGUGUCUUCGUUUGUGUUAUCUUAGUUGGCUCCAAAAAAUCUUUUCAAAAUUUCUGGGGUAUGUUCUUGUGCACUCUCUGCAAGAGUUUUAUCAGAUUCUUUUGGAGUUUUAUUCUAUGUUUAUUAACCUGAAUUCUGGAUCCAUUUCUUGCAGAUGACGAUUAUGAAACCAUCGGCCUCUUUGGAUACUUGGAGGGACUAUUUUCAUCGAGGAGAUUCUGAUAUCUUUGGGAUCAUCGAGCAUGCCAUUAUGGUCGCUGCCACUGAUUCCCCAGUGGAGCUCAAAUCCAGGAGAGACGCAAUCAUCGAGCUUCUCAUGAGAUAUGACCAGCCCGAUCUGUCUAAAGCUGGUGACAAAGAGACCAACAAUAGCCGUAAGACCGUGGAGGCAGAUGAUGGUGGUCAUGAAGAAGAUGAGGCGAAAUUGAACGUUAAUCAAAUUGUUGAUGAGGUCAUGAGGAUCAAAGAUAUCUUGUUAAACAAACAUGUUGAGGUUCUAUCUGUGUUAUUCAAAUCCCUGACAAAGCUUGCCUCCAUGUCUAUCAGUCUGGAUCUUAUUAAGGGUAGUGAAAUCGGAAAGGCUGUUAAUCGCUUGAGGAAACAUGGUUCCGAUAAUAUUAGCAAACUUGCAAAGACUCUUAUUAAAAAGUGGACAGAGAUGGUGGACCAAUUGAUAAACACACCUAAGGAAGUUGCUGCUGCCGAUGAUGGGAUGCCAGAGUCUGCAACUUUGUCAAUAGUUGAUGAAGCAGAAAACUUUCCUUCUCUUCCGCAUGACCUAGAUCUUUAUGCGGAACCUACUGUAUUAGAACUCUCUCAGUUCUUAGAUUCCUUGGACUGUGAUGGAAAUCUUCCUGACUUUGUGGAGCCCAAACAUGAAAGAAAAGUGCAAAGUAGAAUGAUUAGGAGACCUGUUGGUACAUGUGAAGCCAAUGUGGUUGGGAGGGACACAAAUAAUCAACAGAUGAGGAGAAAAGAAGCUGAUGUUAGACCUAUGAGGCACUCAGCACCCGUUCUUGACGAGACUAGAAGACAACCAAAGCAAACCAGAGAACAAAUGGUACGUACCAACCAAAGAAAGCCGAAUGAUGUUGCUGAGCAGAAGCGGAAACUUGCUGGAUCUCAACAAGAUAAACUCAAAGUUCUUGAUCAAGAGGCAAAGUUUGAGAAUGCAAAGCGGAAACUCCAAGAGAGCUACCAACAACAUGAGAAGGCCAAGAGACAGAGGAAGAUACAAGUACUGGAAACUAUCCCAAAUCAAAGCAAAGCCCAGAGACCUCUACUCAAGAGACCCGUGCGAAGAUAGUUACAUUUUUCUUUGGGAGCAUGAAUUUAUUCUAUACAGUUACUAUGAUGACCAUUCGCAGCUUAUGAUCGAAGUUAACAUAUUAUUCAUCAUGAUUUCUGAUGAUAAUUUGUGUAACUCUAAUGUAGAAAACUUCAAUGAUUUGCUAGUUGUCUUGUAAACAAAGAACGUGGAACAUCUUCAUCAGUCCCUAGUCAGGGCCUGUCUUAAGAUUUGAAGAACUAUAGACAAUUUAUUUUAACAAU